GGUAUGACUUCCACAACUAAAAGCACCUGCUCAGAUUUAUGUGAUCUUAGCCCCUACUGUUUGUCAGUCCGUUCUUCCCUGAGCGAGAAGUGCACGAAAUUCCAGUACUAUGGGCUCCAUGAUGACCGAUGCGGAGGAUCGGCUCAUGGUGGACCUUUUUCGAGGCUAUAAUUCACUGGUCCAACCAGUGCGUAAUAAAACCGAACUGCCUAUGAUAGUAAAAAUCGCCAUGCAACUUGUCCUGCUUAUCAAUGUGGACGAGAAGGAGCAAGUAAUGCACACGAAUGUCUGGCUUACCCUGAAGUGGCACGACUUCCAGCUGAGAUGGGAGCCGAAUGACUACGACGGCAUCACACAAAUCAGGGUCGCUCCGGACAAAAUCUGGCUACCAGACAUAGUACUUUUCAAUAAUGCUGAUGGGAAUUACGAGGUGUCAUUCAUGUGCAAUGUGCUUAUCCAUCAUUCCGGAGAAGUCCUUUGGGUGCCGCCGGCCAUUUACAAGAGCAGCUGCAUUAUUGAUGUCGAAUUCUUCCCAUUCGACGACCAGCGAUGUAGUCUAACAUUUGGCAGUUGGACUUACAAUCGAGACGAGCUCAAACUAGAUUUUCUACAUGCGGAUCGCGUGGACUUCUCUGAGUAUGCAACUUCUUCUAUAUGGGACAUGAUGGAUGCUCCAGCUGUCCUUACAGAGGAUAGGAGUCGAAUCGAAUUUCAAGUCAGGAUCAGGCGGAAAACACUGUUUUACACCGUCGUCUUGAUCUUGCCCACAGUGCUCAUGGCUUUUCUUAAUGUCACUGUAUUUUAUCUUCCUACUGCCUCAGGUGAGAAGAUGGGUUUGACCAUGAACGUGCUGCUGUCUAUCGUUGUGUUUCUCUUGCUAGUAUCGAAGAUUCUGCCACCAACUUCUUCGUCCAUCCCACUCGUUGCCAAAUACCUCCUACUUACUUUUGUGCUCAACAUUAUUACGAUCCUGGUCACAGUAAUCAUCUGCAACAUCUACUUUCGAUCUCCAAUCACCCAUCGCUUACCGCCUUGGGUACGGAUUGUGUUUUUGGAUUGGCUUCCACUUUUGAUGUGCAUGCAGCGUCCACGAAGGAAGAAUGUGCUACAUCAAAGGAAAAAGCGAUUGCAAGAGGCAGUACCCAGCCACCAGUUGGCUCCUCAGAACCAUCAUCCACACUGCAAAGCUGCGGAUAACGUUAGAGAUGGGGCUCCGCUGAUUCGAAUAAGUCAACCGUCAUGCGAAGAACUAGCUCCGGAUGCUCAGCGAGCAGUAGAUGCCAUCGAAUUCAUCACCGAAAAUAUGAAGGAUGAUGAGACGACAAAGCAGUAUCGUGACGACUGGAAGUUUGUAGCAAUGGUUGUGGAUCGGGUGUUGCUAUACGGGUUCUUCGGAAUAACACUUGGUGGAACAAUUGGCAUCCUCUUCUCAGCUCCGACAGUUUUUGAACGAGUGGACGAGCACAAACACUUGCAAAAGUUGAUUCAGCUUUACAAGCAGGGUCUUCCCUUCAACGAUACUUUCAUAAUGCCACCGUACUGAUAGAAGGAGUAAGUUUCUUUGGAGAAGCGAUGACAACUCAUGGAUUAUAGUUGCAUACGGUCUGUAUAUUGAGGUAUAUCAGCUGCAGACUGCAUGUAUACCUUCGUAGACGAGGCUCAAAGUUUAUGCUUGUGAAGCUGUGCUUUACUUAUUAUCACAAAUUUUCUUCUAACAAAUUGCAUGUACUCUAAACCAAAUAAAUUACUUCCAA